AGAUCGCUUAGAAAGACUGGAUGAUGCUAUUCACGUUCUCCGGAAUCAUGCAGUGGGCCCAUCCACAGCUAUGCCUGGUGGUCAUGGGGACAUGCAUGGAAUCAUUGGACCUUCUCAUAAUGGAGCAAUGGGUGGUCUGGGCUCAGGGUAUGGAACCGGUCUUCUUUCAGCCAACAGACAUUCACUCAUGGUUGGGGCCCAUCGUGAAGACGGCGUGGCCCUGAGAGGCAGCCAUUCUCUUGUGCCAAACCAGGUUCCAGUUCCACAGCUUCCUGUCCAGUCUGCAACUUCCCCGGAUUUGAACCCACCCCAGGACCCUUACAGAGGCAUGCCGCCAGGAUUGCAGGGCCAGAGCGUCUCCUCCGGCAGCUCUGAGAUCAAAUCCGACGACGAGGGGGAUGAGAACCUGCAAGACACGAAAUCUUCCGAGGACAAGAAGUUAGAUGACGACAAGAAGGAUAUCAAAUCGAUUACUAGGUCAAGAUCUAGCAAUAACGAUGACGAGGACCUGACACCGGAGCAGAAGGCAGAGCGUGAGAAGGAGCGGAGGAUGGCCAACAAUGCCCGUGAGCGCCUGCGCGUCCGCGACAUCAACGAGGCUUUCAAGGAGCUCGGCCGCAUGGUGCAGCUCCACCUCAAGAGUGACAAGCCCCAGACCAAGCUCCUGAUCCUCCACCAGGCCGUGGCCGUCAUCCUCAGCCUGGAGCAGCAAGUCCGAGAGAGGAAUCUGAAUCCGAAAGCCGCGUGUCUGAAAAGAAGGGAGGAAGAGAAGGUGUCCUCAGAACCUCCCCCGCUCUCCUUGGCGGGCCCGCACCCUGGAAUGGGAGACGCGUCAAACCACAUGGGACAGAUGUAAAAGGGUCCAAGUUGCCACAUUGCUUCAUUAAUACAAGAGACCACUUCCUUAACAGCUGUAUUAUCUUAAACCCACAUAAACACUUCUCCUUAACCCCUUUUUUUGUAAUAUAAGACAAGUCUGAGUAGUUAUGAAUCGCAGACGCAAGAGGUUUCAGCAUUCCCAAUUAUCAGAAAACCGAAAAACAAACAAAAAAAAAAAGAAAGAAAAAAGUGCAACUUGAGGGGUGACCCUCUAACAUAUCAUUCAGAAUGUGCAAAGCGGUGUGUGCAGGCUGAGACGCAGCCCAGAGACUGAAUGGCAAUCUUUCCACACUGUGGAACAAUGCAUUUGUGCCUAAACUUCUUUUGGAAAAAAAAAAAAUAUAAUUAAUUUGUAAGUCUGAAAAAAAUAUUUAAUUUAAAAAAUUGUAAACUUGCAAUAAUGAAAAAGUGUACUUCUGAAGACAACUACAUGAACGUUUUUGUUGGUAUUCAAGUCAGCUAGUGUUUAUUAUUACUGGAUAUCGAAUAAGGGAAGCUCGGCUGCCCUCGUAACAAAACCAGCAAACGUCCUGAUGACAACAAAGUGAUGACAUUAGCCAUUCCUUAGGGUAGGAGGAACAGAUGGAUCUUAUAGACCUAUGACAAAUAUAUAUAUAAAUAUAUAUAUAAAUAUAUAUUAAAAAUUUAGUGACUAUGGUAAGCUUUUGUUCAUUU